CAAUGAAACCCGGCUCUUGCUCUGUCUCCCUAACAGACCCUGGUCAGUCUGGACUUCGACACUAACAGCAUCUCAUUCUGGCAUCCUCAGACCACCGAGUCAUGCUAUAGACGGUGCUGUUAGUCCUUCUUUCCUUCUUCGUCUCUCUUGUCUUUCUUGCCUUUUGCCCAUUCAUCGCACUACUCAGUGCUCUUGUGCGUCACCAUGGCCGGCGACGAGGAGCCUCUCUUCUCCCAGCGACCCUCAUCCGAACACACAAACGACCGCGACCUCGCGGAAGAAGAUGCACUCCUCACCGGAGAGCGAACAGGCCGCUCAGCAGGCGUAAGAGGAUGGAAAUUCUGGCGAGAGGUUGGCCUCUUUGCAUGGGCAGUCAUCGCAACUGCGGCGGUGAUCGUCCUGGGAGUAGUCUACCAGCGACACCAGCAGUCCGAUUCGCCGCAAACAACCUUCACUGGGAAACGCAAUUUGAUAUUCAUGGUCAGCGACGGCAUGGGUCCGACGAGCCUGACGUUGACAAGAGAGUAUCUUCAGAACCAGAACAACCUGCCAUGGGGAGCACAGCUGGAGAUUGAUAAGCACCUCAUCGGACAAUCUAGGACGAGAUCAACGUCGAGCCUGGUGACCGACUCGGCCGCCGGAGCAACAGCAUUCUCAUGUGGCAUAAAGAGCUAUAACGGUGCGAUCUCGGUCUUGCCAGACCAUUCGCCCUGUGGAUCAGUCAUGGAAGCAGCCAAGAAAGCGGGAUACACCACAGGUCUAGUCGUCACGACAAGAAUCACAGAUGCAACUCCCGCAGUCUUCGCCUCCCACGUCAACAUGCGGGACGAAGAAGACCUCAUCGCCACGCAGAUGGUCGGAGAACAUCCUCUCGGCCAUGUCGUCGACCUCAUGCUCGGCGGCGGACGCGCCCACUUCCUCCCCAACACAGUCCAAGGCUCCGCCCGCGCCGACGACCGCGACAUCACCGAACUAGCAAAGAGCAAAGGCUACACAUACAUCUCGACGCGCGAAGAGUUUGACGCCCUCGACCACGGCGCAAGCCUCAACCUCCCCUUCCUCGGCCUCUUCGCCGACACCGACAUCCCCUACGAAGUCGACCGCCGCACCCAAAACGCCACCUACCCAGCACUUCACGAAAUGGCCACCACCGCCCUGCGCGCCCUCAGCGCCGCAACCGCACACUCAGACCACGGCUUCUUCAUCAUGAUCGAAGGCAGCCGCAUCGACCACGCCGGCCACGCAAACGACCCCGUCGCCCAAGUCCACGAAGUCCUCGCCUACGACGCCGCCAUCUCCGCCGUCCUCGACUUCAUCCACACCGAAUCCACACCCACCCUCAUGCUCAGCACCUCCGACCACGAAACCGGCGGCCUAGCCACCGCCCGCCAACUCCACCCUUCCUACCCAGACUACGCCUGGUUCCCAGGCGUCCUCGCCAACGCAAGCAAAUCCGCCGAACGUCUCGGCCAAGAAUACCACGCCCAGCUCUCCGACACCAACAACAACAACAACGACACCCUCAAAACAUGGCUCACCCACGCCCUCGAACAAGACCUCGGCAUCCACGACCACACCCCCACCGAACUCACCACCCUCCUCACCAGCCCCGCCACCGCCCCCUACACCUUCGCAGACAUGGUCUCGCGCCGCGCCCAAACCGGCUGGUCCACGCACGGCCACUCGGGCGCCGACGUCAACAUCUACGCCUCCGACCCGCGCGCCGCCGCCCCGCUCGUCGGAAACCACGAGAACAGCGAGGUCGGCCAGUUCCUCGCGGAUUUUCUAGAUGUUGAUCUGGCGGAGGUGACGGAGGAGUUGCGCGAGAAGGCGGUUUUGUAUACGCUUGGUUGGAUGGGCAGGGUUCCUGGUGUGGGUGAGCGGUUGGAUGGGCAGGAUCAUGUGGAUCAUUAUUUGGGGGAUUUUAGGAGGAGGGGUAGGAGGUGUGUUGGGGGUGUUGGGGGGUGAUGGGUGAUGGGUGAUGGUGGGAUUGCCUGUCAUGUCGGCGUGCGUGUGUUCUGGGGAGGGGAGAGGGGAGUGUUGAAUGGUUUGUUUGUUUGUUUGGGGCAGGCGUCUGAGGUAUUGCCCGCGCGCGUGUGUUUGUUUUAGAUAGUGGGUAAUUUGGGCGUUCGAACGGUUGGGGGGCGGGGGGGGGGACAUAUCUUCUGCGAGACUUCAAGUGUGCUGAAAACAAUGUACUACUACUAGCUAUUAAAGGUCAAGCUGCCUCCUCUUGUGCAGGGCUAUAAUUUGUUUUAAACCAUUAGAUUAUCUAUCUUCUAA